UUUUGUAUUCAAUUGAAAAAGCAGACUUGCAAUUGGCGAGGUUUGAAUGUAUUUCACUUCGUCACAUGCCAGCGCGCAUAUCUGUCAAGUCAGAAACGUAAACAAACACGGACAACCGCCCGUAAAGAUUGUGUGCAGAAUAAUCGUAAAAUUUUAUGUGAAAACUCGGGAAAAGGAAAAACAUCAUUUCAUCCCGAAAUUUGGCAACAUUCGUCCGAGUAUGAUCGAGCAGCUGUGUGUGUGUGUAUGCCGACGAAAUACGACGCCGUUUCUACAACAAUCACUAAAGCCGGCUGUGAUCGUGAUCGGCACAUUCUCAACUGGACCAACACACCGGUCGUUGUGUAUCUUCAAGCAAACCAACGUUGCCAUACACCACAAAAUAGCAUGGAAAGGAAAGUAUUAUAAAAUAAUGUCAUAUUUGAAAGCAUUCUAAUCUUUCAUUGUUAUUUUUCCACUGCAAACAGGACAUUGGAUCACCGCAUCGACAAGUGGUUUUUAUGUGCAAGUGUUGUUAAGAAGUGUGUUGUACGGUGUAUUAUGUGUUUUACUUUAUUUGUAUCGCUUUGCAAGUGGUACAAUUAGUGCGUUUAAUCGUUGUGCUACUGCUAACGAAAAAACGACCCGAGCAUUAGAAGCGGCAACAAUACAUGUGCUUGACGCAGAGACAACAACGCCGUCGGCAUCAGUUGAUACCAUCCAAAGUGAUGGUUGAAAUCGUAUAUAAACGUGUAAAACCAUAUAUUGGGGCAUGUAAGUAUUGAAUAAUAGUUAAAUAAAAUACAUUUUAUCGUUGUACUGGACAAUGUGCAUCGAAAUUUUAAAAAAGUGUGUGUGUUUUUGUUUACAUCCGAAUACAGAACCCACAGCGUUAUACUGUGGUUCGUGCACUCGCUAAGUAACGCUUGAGCUUUGAGCUUUCAUUGAGCUUACAUAGAAUGUUACACGCUACCUGCUCACUAAGGACUGCUAUCGAGCAGUGUUAUGAGCAGGUAGCGAGCAGUAACGCCUCCAUACAAAAAUCGCGAAACGUAACGCUCCAAUGCUAUUUGGGGAGAAACAGCCCAAGCGGCAUCGCUGAGAGAGAAUUGAGCUUUUCCCGUUGUUUCCCCCCCUGACAUACCCACGAACGGUGUGUUUGUUUCUACGCGAUGCGUUAUUCUCUGUUGUUGUUGUUGCUUUUAACACUGUUACCACAAGAGCUUGAAGCAAGAAGCGUUUCACACCAUCACCGUCUCACCCAGACUUUGGUGUUGUGAUGCGUUUAUUUGUACCCCCGCCCCUAUGUUCUUCUUACCCGUACCGCGCACCCCAUACAUUCUGACUUAGAAUUCAAAGCAAAGCGAAAUGGUCUAACUGAAUUUGGAAAAGAUGAGUGAUGGAUGUUUCAUAACGAUUCAGAUCACAUAUUUU